AUGACGAGGAGGAGGAAGAGAAUGAGGGUGGUAGUGAUGAGGAGGAGGCGGAGGAAGAAGAAAAUGAGGAUGGAGGAGGAAGAGAAUGAGGAUGGUAGUGGUAAUGAUGAUGAGGAGGAGGAGGAAGAGAAUGAUGACGGUAGUGGUAGUGAUGAGGAAGAGAAUGAGGACGGUAGUGGUAAUGAUGACGAGGAGGAGGAAGAGAAUGAGGAUGGUAGUGGUAGUGAUGAGGAAGAGAAUGAGGACGGUAGUGGUAAUGAUGACGAGGAGGAGGAAGAGAAUGAAGAUGGUAGUGGUAGUGAUGAGGAAGAGAAUGAGGACGGUAGUGCUAAUGAUGAUGAGGAGGAAGAAGAGAAUGAGGAUGGAAGUGGUAAUGAUGAUGAUGAGGAGGAGGAUGAAGAGAAUGAGGAUGGAAGUGGUAAUGAUGUUGAUGAGGAAGAAGAAGAGAGUGAGGAUGGUAGUGAUAAUGAUGAUGAUGAGGAGGAGGAUGAAGAGAAUAAGGAUGGUAGUGAUAGUGAUGAGGAGGAGGAAGAAGAAGAGAAUGAGGAUGGUAGUGAUAGUGAUGAGGAGGAGGAGGAGGAAGAAGAGAAUGAAGAUGGAAGUGGUAAUGAUGAUGAUGAGGAAGAAGAGAAUGAGGAUGGUUGUGAAGAAGAGAGUGAGGAUGGUAGUGAUAAUGAUGAUGAUGAGGAGGAGGAUGAAGAGAAUAAGGAUGGUAGUGAUAGUGAUGAGGAGGAGGAAGAAGAAGAGAAUGAGGAUGGUAGUGAUAGUGAUGAGGAGGAGGAGGAGGAAGAAGAGAAUGAAGAUGGAAGUGGUAAUGAUGAUGAUGAGGAAGAAGAGAAUGAGGAUGGUUGUGGUACCCCCUCUUGGGUGCCUAAAUACUUGAAUGCACCACGGAAGUGA